AUGAAAUUACGAAAAGAAACCAUCAAAGUCUGUGUCAGGAUGAGGCCUCUUCUCCGUCCAUAUGAAGAUGAAGACGUCUGGACAAUAGACCAGUCAAGAAAUUCAAUCUGCUCCAUAUCGAAUCCGCUAUUAUCACCGCCCCUUGACCUUUCUCAAAUUUCUUUAAAUUCCUUACUUCCUGAAGAAAUAAAAUGGUGACAUUACGGAAGAUAGACUCCGAGAUGCACUCCUAUAAAGCAGGGUAGGACCUGUCCCGAUGAAGCUGAAAAUAGUGCCUCUGUCACGUUUUGAAGUAGGCCUUUGGGUUUUGGGGAUGCCUGCCGAAAAGGGAAAUUUUUUUCUCCCCGAAGGUUUUCCCUAUCCCUGCCAGGUGGGCUAGACAGGUUUUGCCUCUCAAUUAGUCUUUGCUCAUUAGGACUAAUGGGAAUCCGGAAGAGUUUGCUCUAGCAUAGGGAUCUAAUCCUUAGGUUAGGAGGGUUUACGCCAGAUAGGCAGUCUAGUUGUCUAUCCGCUUAUGACCUUAUAAGACUUAACUUAGCUUACUUCCUGCCAUUUCAAUUGAACAAUAAAGGUAAAUGCUUAGAAAUUAAAUUAGAACAAAUUGUAAUCAAUUUUCAAUAGAAAAAAAUUUAUACACUAAAAAUAAAAAAUUUUAUUUGGAGCUAAAUUUUACCGAAAUCGAAAUUUACUUAUAGUUUAGGUAGAAAUACAAAAGGAAAUACAUAUUUAUAUAGAAUUCAAAAAUAUUGCAUAUAACAUAAGUUUCUUAUUUUAGAUUUUUUAUUAUUUAAAACUAAAUAUUAUUAUGCUAAUUAACUCCUUUGAAUUUGAUUAGAUUAUUUAAUUUAAAGGGAGUUAAAAGAAAGAGAUGUGAGGCGCCGCUACACAGAUUUUUUAGGGACCCAGCAAUUUAAUUUUGAUAAAAUUUAUUCACCCUCAGACACUUCUCAAGGAAUUUAUGAGCAAACUUGUAAACCCAUUGUGCAUUCAGUUCUAGGUGGCUAUAACGGUGCAAUCUUUAUGUAUGGACAGACUACAUCAGGUAAAACAUAUACAAUGCUAGGAACGCCUGAAUUGCCAGGCGUUUUGCCUUGUGCAAUUCGAGAUAUUUUCAAAUUAUCCUUUAUCUAUUAUCAAUACUAAAAUUUAUAUAGUCCAUUAUAAUUCAUUUUUUAUAUAAAAAAGCAUAAUUUCUUCAGAAUCUGACUAUGAGUUCAAUAUAUGGGUGAGUUAUUUAGAAAUUUACAAUGAGCAAAUCAAUGAUUUAUUGUCUCCUGGGUCCAGUAAUUUAAAAAUUAAAGAAGAUAAGCGCUUUGGGGUGCAGAUUGUAGGGCUCACUCAGCAUCAGGUAUGAAGUUUUGACCAGGUAAUCAUGAUCAUGAAUUUUGGAGAAGAACAUAGGAUGUACCGAGAAACGAGCAUUCAUGAACAUUCAAGCAGGUCACAUACAAUUUUUAGGGUGUAUGUUGAAAGUGUAGAUAAACAAGGGAAAAGAACUUUUGGAUGCUUAAAUUUGAUAGAUUUGGCUGGCAGCGAAAGACUGAAUGAAUUCGAAGUAAAGGAACAAGAACAGCUAGGAGAAACAGGACAUAUUAACAGGUCUUUAUUUGUACUUGCACAUGUGAUUAAUAAGCUGGCUGAAGGGAAGCAGCAACAUAUCCCAUACAGAGAUUCCAAACUGACCAGGAUUCUGCAACAAGCCUUAGGCGGGAACUCUUUAGCCGUUAUUAUUUGUACCAUUUCUCCAGCCGGCAUGAAUUUUCACCAAACUUUAUCCACCCUAAGAUUUGCAACUAGGGCCAAAACAGUUCAAAAUGACCCUCAAAUAAAUGAAAUUACAGACGAUUCUUCAUCAAUCCAACAAUAUAAGCUUGAAAUUGACAAACUUAAAUCAGAACUAGACAUAAAUAACCAAACCUUAGUAAAAAUUGAUAAGCAAAACAAAGAGCUGGUAAAGCAGCUGCAAAUUUAUAUUGACGAAGCAAAUACCUAUAAAGAAGCCUUAAAAAAUUCGCAUAUAGCUAGCGAAAAUUCUGAUAAAUCAGGAGAAAUAAAGCAGCUGCGUGAAAAAAUAUGGAAUUUUCUAUGAUAAAAGCAGCAUUUUUCCUAUAAAAUACUUUGUUUUUAUUUAAUUUAAAAUUGUAUAUAAUGCUUUGGUCGGUAUGUUUGAGGAAGAAAAAGUCAAGAAAAACCUGCUUGAAAGUGAGCUAAAAUCCCAAAACAAAAAAUUCGAAGAAUUCAUGCAAAAUCAUAAAGAGACACAAAAGCAGCUGGAAGACUACUUAAAAGGCCAAAGGCCAGUUGUCCAAGUUUCUGAAGGGAAUUUUAUAGAAAAUAUUGUGGCGACUAUCAACACUGAGCUUACCAAAGAGCUUACAGGCAAUAAAAUAUGAAUUAAUAAAAGCAAAGAGCUAUGUGAAAGCUAUUCAUCUGAAAUUGCUGCCUUGCAAGACAAAUAUUCAAUUAUUUUAUCAAAAAUCCUCAAAGAAGCUUUACCUCCGCAGUCACAAAAUUCAGAAAAUGAGCUGCCGAAUUCUUCAAAUAUUUUCCAGGACAUCCAUAUAAAUUUCACGACUGUUUUAGAAGAGUUUUUGAGGUCUGCCAAUUCCUCGUCUGAUUUAACUGAAAUUAUGAUAGAAAAAUUAAAAAAACAGCAUGAAAACCUGUCUUUACAAAUAGAAAAUAGGUAUGAAAAAGCAAGAAGCUCAUUGGAAAAUUAUUAUCAAAAACAAGUGACCAGGCCUGAAUUAGAUGCAGCGACGAUAACGGGACUGACAGCGCAACAUAGUGAGCAGCUGCAGGACUUGAGGAAUCAGUAUGAGAAUUCUAUGCAGAUUUUGGAGGAAACGUAUCUGGAUACAUUAAAAGUGCUGGACGAGUUUUUUGUCUGCUUAGAUUAGUCAGUUAAUUAAGGUAGGUGCUAAACGUGCUGGCCAGUUACUAAAGAGCUCAUGUAGGGAGUUCUUCUGAGUUGCGACAAUUGCCAAGUAGUUCUAGAUUAGCUGUAUAAUCUUCUAAUAAGACUUCAGUCUAAAGUAGGCAGCUUAUGAAUUUUUUAGAAUGGUCUAGAGCUAGGCGGGUUCUAAAAUGCUCCCAUAUGGUCCCUAGCCGAAACCCUGACUAAGAAGUCGAGGAAUGCCUAAAGGUCUGAAGGGCGUUUUCUGGCCCAUUUAAUUACAGUAAAUCAGCCAAAGCAUACCCUGAUACACUCUGCUUUUUGAAUUUCAGCUUUGAGUCUGUUAUAGUAGCUGUGGCCUUAUGGACUCUUUAGCAGCAUCAGGAAGGCAGACACUUAAUGUAUUUGUCUGCUGAAGGUAGUUAG